AUGGAUCACGAAGAACAAGAGGCUGCAGUUCUUCAGAACAACUCCACACCGAUUCUUGAUUCCUCAGUUGCCAUAACAGCCAUUUCUACUACUACGGAUGACGGGAAUGUUGGUAGUGGACAACAACAGCUUGAGGGUAAUUCUCCUCCGACCAAUACCGAUGAAUCAUCAACCCAAAUAUUAUCAUCAAACAAUGCUGAAAAUGUAAAUUCAUCAACACCACCAACAAUAUCAACAUCGGCAUUCGGCUCUAACCAAAUUCCACGACCUCUCUCGGUAGGAUCCCUUUCAAAAUCACCGCAAGGACUCUACAUACGAACUACGGCAUCUCACGCUCAUUCAUCUUACGAUUUAUUUGCUACAUCAGCCAAAAACAAUAACACAGCAACAGGAAAUGAUAUUGCUAUUAGCUUUGUACUUGCCAAUAAUAGUAGUGGCCUUUCACCAACCCUUCAACAAACUGCAUCAUCACGAAUUUCGCCAUCACUGGCUGCCACCAACACGGACGAGGAUUUUUCAUUCACUCCGCAAUUUGUUGCCGGAAAACGGUCUAAACUCGGAAUGAUUCCAUCAACAGCAGAGGCUUCUUGUGAUCACAUUAAUUGUAGUCAUAAAAGCUCCAAAGGAGGAAAAUCUUUAUGGAAUAAUAUUUGGUUAAGACUAAAAAGAAUACCAAAGUCCUUCUCUAAAGUAUUUGGUGAUGAUGAUAAAUCCUCUUCUCCGAAUAACUCACCCUUCUUUGGAGAUGAUCGUCACGCACCUCGAGGAAAAGGAAAAAAACAAGCAUCCUUAAUUUUGAAAGACAUGACAAACCGUGUCGUGUUAUUUGCCUCGUUGUUUGCCAAAUGGAUACGUACCUUAGUAUUGAUUAUUGUAGCUUUUUUGUGGAAAAUUGGUGUAUCUUUCUCGAAUGGAGAGUACAAAACCAUGCUUUCCAAGAAGAAAUUAAUGGAUCAAUUAUCUACAAAAAACAUUUCACAUUGGAUACAGAGUAUCAAAAAUUUAAAUCCAGAUGCUGAAUGGAUUGUUGGAUAUGUGCAGCAAUUUUUAAUAUUCUUUGUGCAGCCUUUGUCUCUGGCAUCUGCGAGAAAUUACAAGCUUACCACCCAACAACAUGCACAGCUUAAAGUUCACUUCUUUGCGUGCAUGCUCAUUUUGGGAUUUGGAUUUCUUGAAGUAAUGGUUGGGCUUUUCCACUAUGGAAAUACUCAUUACCAUGAGUCGAGUGCUAAUGGAGGAGAAGAAGAGCUAUACGUCACGAGUAUGAGAAAUCAUGAAUUUCUAGUUGGACUACUAAUUUUGUUUUCAGGAUUUUAUUUAUUGCAUAGAGGAUUCAUGUUUUUAAUUGACCUAAUUGUAAUAUUUAUGAAAACGACACAAGAACAAACAUCACCAAACGGUGUGUGCAUUUCAAAAAGCACACUCGAAGCUAAAUCCAAAAUGGAUCAACAAUCUUUAACUCCAACAAACCCUACUGUACAGAUAGAAUCUCCGUUGGAGUCUUCAUCUUCAUUAACUGAACAGUUAACGAAUAACGAAGAGUCCUCAUCUUCACUAUCAUCUACGUCUCGUCUCGUUGAAGAAGGAAAAACAAAAUUAGAUCCAAUAUUUGCACCGUACACAUUUUCCUUAUGGAAACGGUUACGUGUACUGUUACGAUUUGCCAAUGCCAUGUAUGCCACAUUCCUUUCACUUAGCGUUUUGUCAGAAAUGAUACAAUAUGUAUUAACAACGAAAUUUGCAUCAGAAUCAACACCCCAUACACAACAAGAGCCAAGACAAUUGCAAGACAUGAGCAUUGGAUUUUUCACACACACGAUUGUAAUAUUUGGCUUGUUGGUUAAUGGACUUUCAAUUUAUCUCUUUGGAAAUUAUUCACAAGAUGGUGUUUCUGCAACAUUUCAAAAGAAACAUGAAGAGGCAGAUCAAAGUGAAUCUACAGGAUUUUCAUCAUUUUUACAAUCGCCUCCACCAGAUAUGAGAAGAGGCUCCGCUAGUGUAAGAGCAGCAAAUAGAUACAACAAUUCUGCGAAUGCAAUGUGGUACAACACUUCUCCAUGGUUCCAACAACAAUUCUCGUCAUUCAAUGCUGCUCUAAAUUCAGCACAUUCCUCACUUGUUUACAAAUUUUACAACUCUCUCAUUACCUUUAUUCGCUUAAAAAUUCCACAUGCCAGAUUUUGGAUUUAUCGCAUCAUGAGAGAGGCUCAUAUUCACGCCGUGUUGUUUAUUUACAUGAGAGCAAUUUAUUAUUCCACAGGUGGACUCAUGUUCGAUUUUAUUUUGUGCUGUAUGAGUACCAUGACAAGCGUUUAUUUUGUCGUUCCAGUACUGAAAGCCAAUGGAAAAGUAUUACUUCAGACAACACCAGAAAAUUUGUGUACUCAUUUAAAUGCAUGUGUCAAGGAAGUUUCAACCACCGUGGAUGGAGUUUUAGAAUGUCACAGCGAACACUUUUGGGCUCUCAAUACUGCCUCAUUGGAUGAAGCAGAUGAAGAAGAACUGAUACAGGUUGACCCUGAGAAGAGAAAACAAGAAUUGAUCGCAACCAUUAAGGUACGAAUUGCCAAUGAUGUCCAAGUCGAUCAUCAACGGGUAUUACAAGCUGUUCGAAAAAUAUUUUGCUCCAAUGGCAUUAUUAAGGAACAUAACUUGACUGUGCAAGUUGAGAAGAAUACCAUGCUGGGUUUAGAAAAGAUUCAUGACCUUGCACCAAUGAUUCCCUUAGGUGAUGUUCAUGUUUAA